AUGGCCGAGUUUGUCAAACUUUCGAUUUUUGGCACAGUUUUCGAAGUAACUACAAGAUAUGUUGAUUUACAACCCGUUGGUAUGGGCGCCUUCGGUCUUGUUUGUUCUGCCAAGGACCAGUUAACAGGGAUGAAUGUAGCUAUCAAGAAAAUUUUGAAGCCUUUCUCAGCACCUGUGUUGGCUAAACGUACAUAUCGUGAAUUGAAGUUAUUGAAAGCACUGCGACACGAAAAUAUUAUCAGCUUGAGUGAUAUCUUUAUUUCACCUUUAGAAGAUAUUUAUUUCGUUACUGAACUAUUGGGCACAGAUCUCCAUCGUUUAUUACAAUCACGUCCGUUAGAAAAGCAAUUCAUUCAAUACUUCCUCUAUCAGAUUUUGAGAGGUUUGAAAUACGUUCAUUCCGCUGGCGUUAUUCAUCGUGACCUUAAACCAAGCAAUAUUUUGAUAAACGAAAACUGUGAUUUAAAAAUCUGUGAUUUCGGUCUUGCUCGAAUUCAAGAUCCACAAAUGACAGGCUAUGUUUCCACAAGAUACUAUCGUGCGCCUGAAAUCAUGUUGACCUGGCAAAAGUAUGAUGUCGCUGUAGAUAUUUGGAGUGCUGGUUGUAUUUUUGCAGAGAUGUUGGAAGGAAAGCCACUCUUCCCUGGAAAAGAUCAUGUCCAUCAAUUUUCAAUCAUUACUGAACUUCUCGGUACACCACCUGAUGAUGUCAUUGCGACAAUCUGUAGCGAAAAUACUCUUCGUUUCGUCAAAAACCUUCCUAAGCGCGAUCCUAUCCCAUUCAGUCAAAGAUUUGUUGGACAAGACCCUCACGCUAUCGAUUUAUUGGAAAGGAUGUUAACAUUCGAUCCUCGCAAACGUAUCACAGCCGAAGAAGCAUUAGCUCAUCCUUACUUAACUCCUUAUCACGACCCUACUGACGAACCCAUCGCACCUGAAAAGUUCGAUUGGUCUUUCAAUGAAGCAGAUUUACCUAUUGAUACAUGGAAAGUGAUGAUGUAUUCCGAGAUUUUAGAUUUCCAUAAUGUUGAUAAUAUCGAUGGUUCACAAUUCUUGGGCACACCUUCAAUAACAGGUCCAACCAUGGAUAACCCAGACGGUGCACUUUUGGAUGGUAAUAUGAUGCCUACUACUGCCGCUGCCAACAAUACCAAUAACAAUAAUAAUUUCCAACCACAACAAUAA